GUGAUGUUGAAAAGUACUCACGUGAGCCUUCAUAACAGCAACAACUGCACUGAAGCGCUAGAGAAACAUGGCAAGCAGACUGGCAAUGACACUCCUUUCCCGCUCGAGGACGCCACUUCUCAGAAGAGUUCACUUUGACAACGCGCCAGGCACUAAUAUGCCGUUCCAGACAAAGAACAAGCUGCGUCUGUUUUUCGUUCUGAUGGGCGGAGCGAGUCUUGGUUUCUCUCUACCUUUCAUUGCCGUCAGAUUCCAGCUGUCCAAGAAAUCCAGCACUUAGCUCUUCCCGCGUUCUCUCCCGGCAGACACACUGUGUAUUGAUGUAGAGCCAGUGUAUUGUUAUGUGUAUAAAAAUGGUGUGUAUUGUAUGACUGGUUGGUAGGCAGAUCUUGUAGGGAAAGUGGUGAUGCAAUACUUAUGCCACACAUUUGUAUAUAUGACUACAACCCAGGUUUCUUCAACAACAAAGAUUAUGGCCUAUCAAC